CUUUAAAUAUUCGCGCUUCUAGAUGGCGCAUCAUCCGCACGUGAUCUGUGUGUAGUCGAUCGCAAGUCAUCUCGAUCACAGAUGUCUUGAAGAGCGCACUAUAGACUGGAACACAGCAGCUCGUGGUUAUCUUAAAGAAAUGCCAGACUACAAGGAAAAGCGGAAACCCAACAUGGCGCUACGUUGCCCAGUCCACAUGCGAACCAUCAAGAGCAAGCCCACAGCUGCAGGAUCCUGAACGUCCGAAGCGCGAUAAUAAAUGUAAUCAACGAUGUCAAUGCGAUAAGCGCCUCAAUUAUGAAUCAACGUGCCUCACACAAUCAACAGCGAAAGACAAGGGCAUUGUGCUCGCUUUUAAUCGCACAGCUGCGAUGAAGUCGCCAAAGUUACUCGCGGAAACCUCGCCGAAUAGGAUAACGCGGUGUUGUUAUUUACAAUUCACAUAACCCUCGGGGCAAUUUAUGGAGUCGAAACUUCAAAGAAGACGUCCGUUCAACCAACGAUAAGUCGCUUCGCCUCCGAAGCUGUGAUUCCAAAAGGAUUACCAACAAAAAUUCAGCUAGUACAAAACAUGCAUAGAUCUGUUUGCUGCUCAACGACGCCGUUAUUGCCUUAUUCUUGCCUAUUAAGUCAUUGAUUUAUACCGAUCAAUGCAAAAUGAGUGGAGCGGAUAGCAGAACAGUUGUUGAUGGAAACAGCUGGCAAGAUUGCGCCAGUUGGCUAAUAAGAUGUGGAGCAUUGAGAGCGGAUCACAAAGCUAACUGGCCAACAGCUAAAGCUGUGGACUUGGCUUAUAUACUGAGAGAUGGAGUUCUUCUGUGCAAUCUAGUGAAUUCCAUUGAAAAAGGAUGCAUAGAUAGCAAAGAUGUCAAUCAAAAGCCUCAGAUGGCCCAAUUUUUGUGUUUACGUAACAUAAAUGUGUUCUUGACUGCCUGUGCCAGCGUAUUUGGAUUGUCCGAGUCUGAUCUUUUUGAGGCCGACAUGCUUUUUGAUCUAUCCGACUUUCACAAAGUUCUCUGCACAUUGUCUCUGCUUUCAAAUUCUGCUCAAUUCAAAAGCAAGGGAAUCGAAGGUUUUGCAGUGAAGAAGGAUGGUUCUCAAGAUAUUUAUAAGGACUUGCAAAGUGCUGGAGUCGGCUCUAUGGCACCAGUGGUAACAUUUACGAUAAAACCUAGGGUCAUGGACCUAGGUGAGUCGAAAGUUUAUCACGAGUUGCUCUGCUUUUCGCAGUCAACUCCUCGACACAGCUGGUCCACUUGCUCGGAGGAGGAGGGAGCCGCAGCCACAUCGACGACCGGAGGCGAGAAGCGCGACUACGUGAUCCAGGAGCUGGUGGAAACGGAGCGCAAUUACUCGGAGGUGCUGAACAGUCUGCUCAAACACUUCGCCCGGCCGCUCUCGGCGCUUCUGCGUCCCGAGGACUCGUCGCGCAUAUUCUUCGGCAUCAAGGAUCUUGCCGAGAUCCACGCGGGCUUCCACAGUCAAUUGCGCAAAGCCAAGGACGGAGCCGCCCUCGGCCAGGUCUUUCUCGACUGGCGGGAGAAGUUUCUCAUUUACGGGGACUACUGUGCCAAUCUCACUACCGCCCAGAACACGCUGCUCGACGUAUGUGCCAAUAACGAGAGUAUCAAUCAAGAAGUCAUAAGGUGCCAACAAGAAGCCAACAAUGGAAAAUUCAAACUGCGUGAUAUCCUAUCCGUUCCGAUGCAGAGGGUGCUCAAGUAUCACCUACUGCUGGACAAACUUGUGGAGGAAACACCUCGCGACUGGUUGGAGGAUCGACGUCAAUUACUGCUCGCUCGCGAAGCCAUGGUAGACGUGGCUCAAUAUAUCAACGAAGUCAAACGCGAUUCCGAUACGCUCGAUAUCAUCAAAGACAUUCAGUGUUCCAUAGUUGACUGGGAGAGAGCGGAAGAUAUUCAGCUGAAAGAUUACGGAAGGCUGCUGAAGGAUGGCGAGCUCAAGGUACGCGAACGAUGGCUUUCAAAAAGAAAAACAACUAAUUUUCUCAUGCGUCAGGUGAAAGCUCACGGUGAUCAGCGGAUUAAGGCCCGAUACGCUUUCAUCUUCGAGCAAGUGGUGCUCGUGUGCAAGGCCGGCCGAAAUGAUCAGUACUGCUAUAGAGAGACUAUAAGACUCGAUGAGUAUCGGGUAGAGAAUCCCACGACCAGAAAGACCCUCGGACGAGACUCACGCUGGUCAUAUCAGUGGCUUCUCGUUCACAACAAAGGCUACAAAGCCUACACUCUUUAUGCCCGCACUGAUGAGCAAAAGCUCAUUUGGAUGAAGUCUCUCCAAGACGCUAUUGACAACAUCGCGCCAGCCGCCUGUCGGAAUACCAAUCACAAAUUCAAGCUCACCACGUUCGAUAGCGCGCGUAGCUGCGAACGCUGCGGAAAGUUCCUCAAAGGCAGAAUCUUUCAAGGUUACAAAUGUGAGAUCUGCCGGCUAGCUGUGCACAAGCAGUGUAUCACUUACUCCGGACGUUGCGUUCCGGUACCGCCUCCCCCGCCGCCGCCUCCUCCUCCACCGCCGCAACCGUUCGAGCGCGAACUCUCGGCCAAGCUAUGGUACGUCGGCGAAAUGGGUCGAGACGCCGCCGCUCAAAAACUCGAUGCGCGCGAAAACGGCACGUACAUGGUGCGGGUUCGUCCGGCAGCAGGUCAGCCUCGCCUCAAGCACGAAACCAACUAUGCUCUGAGUAUAAAGGCUGACAACGCAGUGAAGCACAUAAGAAUAUUCAAACGCGAGGUGGAUGGCGCCGAUCUGUACUACUUGAGCGAAUCGCGCUACUUCAAGAACGUGGUCGAACUAGUCGAGUAUUACGAGCGUGUCUCUCUCGCGGAGAACUUUGAAAAGUUAGACCAGCGACUACUCUGGCCGUUCAGGCGCGUUCUGGCCAAGGCGCUAUUUGACUUCCGGGGCGGCGAACGCAACGAGCUCAGUCUUCGCAAGGGCUGUCGCGUUGUCGUGCUCAGCAAAGAAGGUGAUGCCAAAGGAUGGUGGAAGGGCAAAAUCGGCGAUCUGGUCGGUUUUUUCCCGAAAGAGUACGUCGAGGAAGAGUGAUGAUAAGUCGAUUCAACGAAUAUUAUAGCCGCCUGUGCAUAGCGAGCACGGCGAAUUAUGCAUUAUCAUGUAUCUACGUAUAGGUAUUCAAUACGCUGAGACAGAGCAGAAACGUAUAUACUGCGCGACGUAGCUUCGCAACACCAGGCUGAUACACAUAUUGUCGCUUUUACCGACUUUUUCGGUUCUCGAUAUUUCGUAGUUUCCAAGUGAAAAAUCAAGCGUAGACGCGAAUUUAUCAAUACACGCUCGCUCAAAGCAAGGUGAAGUGCUCGAAGAGUAACCAGCUCGAGAAGUUUGGAUGUUUUUGUUAAAAUUCUUUCAGAAUGUUUAUCAUGCCAACUGUAUACUGAUAGAACGGAUUUCCGAAAAUUAGGUUCCUUGAGCAGUUUUCCGCGCUGAAAGCUGCGACUGCUAUUGUAUUCAUGUAAUUUUUAUCAGGGUAUGCCAAUAUAUCUAUAUAUGCCAAAAUACGGGUUCUUAAUGAAGCCUCGAUAAACUUUUGUAGCGAUGUUUUGUAAUUUAGCUACUUGAUACGAAAAACCAUAUACAUUUCUUAUAUCUAUUUUGUAAAAUUGAAAAGUUGUAUACGAAAAUCACGAUGAGUAGUUCGAAUCUCGAUUUUUAAGAUAGAACCGUUUUUCGGAUAUUUUAAAGAAUGUUUCUAAUGUACUUUGUUUGGCAAAUAUUUUACGAAUCUCGGCGUUGUUUAUCAUGUUAUUAAUGUCUAUUAGAGUGUUAUAGCUAAUCUGCGAUUAUCAGACUCCAAAUUCGAUCACUUCACCUUUAUUAUGUUAAAGAGAGAUAAAUAGAGGAUGAAAGUUACUAGAAAUGUGUGCAAGCGAAAAAUGGACAAUUUUCUGAUAGAAAAUCCGAGGAAUGUAUAAAAAUUAAGAAAUAGAAAUGUGUGUCUGAGUUAAGUAUAUAUGUACAUGUAAUUUUGUUAGAUAUACAUGCAUUUUAAUAAAUACAUCGAUAUUUUUAUUGUUAGGAAAGAAAAACUUUAAUAUUUUUAACUUCUGGAAUAUGUUCUCCAAUUGUGCCAAUUAAAGACUUGAAAAUCUAUUUAAAAAAAA